GAAUAUAAGAUAUUACUACUUUAUAUAUUAAAAAAUCUUAAUACUGACAUAAAAAGAGAAAUUUAUGAUAAAUUGGUAACAUAUGAAAUAAUAGAGAUAACGACUCAAGGUUGGACUCAGUUAACCAUACAAAGUAUACAGGAUGAACUUUAUUAUGAUAUGUAUGAUUUAUAUGAUGAUAUAGAUACAGACUAAUGAUAAAUUACGAAUAUUUACAAUAUUGGGUAAAAACUAUAGAAGAUAUAGAUCUACAUGAGAAAUUACUAAUAGAAAAUCUAUUCGAUUAUUUGAGAACUAGAGAAGUUGAACAUCUAGAAUAUAUUACAAAUAAUGCUAAUGAAAUACAACGAUUAGAUCUACUUAAAAGAGAAUAUUACAGAAAGACAUUUUAUGAAGGAUAAUAUAAUACCAAGCAAAGAAACUAAAAUAACAACAAACAAUAUAGGUAAAAAAAUAAGAAAGACAUGGAAAAAAUUAAGACCCUUAUAUAUAGAAUAUGAACUAUCACAACUAGUCAAAACAAGUAAUAAUGAAAAAGAUCAUUUAAUAGAUAAAAUUUCGAAAACAGAAUACAAAUAUGUUCGCUAUUUGAAAAAACAGUAUGAACAAAGAAAUUUAUAAACAACAAUUAAUAGAAAAAAUAACGGAAAAAAUAACUGAAAAAGAACAAGAAUUACAACAUAGAAAAAGAAGAUUAGAAGAAAACAUAUUAGCAGAUGUAUGUAAUAAAUCGAUACUAGUACAAAGAAAAGAUAUAUCUAUGUUAAAAUUAGAAUUAGAUUGUCUUGAAUAUGAGUUACAACAUAAUAUAAUACAUAAAUUAUAAUGAAUAAAGAAGAAUUUGCAGUAGACGAAAAAACAUAUGAAAAUCAAGACGGAAUGAUAAUAAAAAUAAUAUUUUCAAAUCUAGGAAGAAGAUAUAAAAAAAUAGGAAAUAAUCUAUACUUAAUGUUAGAAAGAGAAACAGCAAAAUUAGAAGACAGUUUAACAGCUAUGGUAAGAAUAACAAAAGAAAAUGAAGAAAUAGACAGAUCAAAAGAAAUAGAAAAAAUAAGAAUACAAGCAAAACAAGAAGUACAAUACGUAGAAGAAAUAAAAAAUACAAGAAUAGAAGAACUAGAAAAAGAACUAACAAAAUUAAGAUUAUUAUAUGAAGAAAAACAAAAAGCAAAACAAAUAGAAAAAGAAAAAGAACUAGAAAAAGAAUUAAAAAAUAAAAUAAACGAAGUACGACAAAAAUUAGAUGAAGAUCUUGAAUUAAAUGAAAUAAAUGAAAUAGAUGAAAAUGAAAAUGACCAAAAAUCGGAAAUAAGUGAUAUAAGUGAAACAUAUACAGAAAUCUUGGAACAGACAAACAAACUAAAGAAAUUAGAAAUAAAUACAGGAGAUACAAAUAGACCUAGUACAUCAGGAGUUAAACCAGAAAAUAGUCCAAGAAAUAGUCCCAGAACUAGUCCUAGAAGGGCACAACCAACUUAUUAUACAGAAAGUUAUCAACAGUCAGAUAGAGCUAAUACGAUAUGGAACAGUAGAUUAAAUAAAAAUUGGAUACCAAAACCAGCAAAUGAACAAUAUAAUUUCUUAGACCUAGAUUGUGUAACAGAUAUAAAUAAAGUAAUGUUACUAUGGACAGGAAAUAUAUCUAAACAACUAAUAGAUAACAAAAUAAGUACAACAGAAACACCAAGAUAUAUAGAAAGAACAUUUGUAGGAACAGUUAAAUUAUGGAUAGAAAAUCUACCCCCAGAAAGUUUAGAAGUACUUAGAAAUAAUACAAAAUUAGAUGGAUCUUCUUUAGCAACAAAUAUAGAAAUAUUAGAUAAAUACGAAUUGACGAUAAGAAGUGAAUUCGGAGGUAUGACCACAGAUGUAAAAGAACAAAAUAAAGAAAAAAUAAUAAACAGGCAACUUAUGACAAAAUUAGCUAUAUGUAAAAUGUGUUUUAUAGAAGAAUACACUUGCGCAUUUAAAGAAUAUUACUACAAAGCAAAAUAUAAUCUUAAUGAAGCAAAAGAAGUAAGACACCAAUAUUUUACAAAAUUACCAGAACCAUUUAGUACAAAAGUAAUUAAAGAUUGGGAGAAUGAAGGGCUUACAGAUACUUUAGGAUCUAGAAUAAAAUUCUUAUCUCAAUGGUUUACACAAUUAUGUGAAAGCCAAAAAGAAAAAUUAAAAAUGGAAAAAGUAUUAAAUAAAAACUUAUCGUGUUGCAAAAAUAAAAUGGCACCACAAUUUGGAUGCACAUAUAAAAAACAGAAAAGUAAAAGAUAUAAAAAUUACACAAAAAAUAAAACUAAGUAUAAAUAUAAACAACCAAGAAGAAGAUAUUAUAUAAAAAAUUAUAAAACAAAAAGACCAUAUAGACCAAAGAGGAAAAUAUCCCAAUGUACUUGUUACAAUUGUGGAAAAAUAGGACACAUAGCUAAAAAUUGUAAAUUACCAAAAAACCUAAAAAGAAAACAAAUUGCAGAAUUAAUUAUAGACGAUGAAAAAUAUAUGCAAAUAGAAUACAUAGACUAUGAAUUAAGUGAAAAUGAUAGUAUAUACGAAGUAUCAGAUAUAGAAACUGAA